UCUAAAUUACUAGAUGAGGAAAACAUUGAAAUUGUUCUACAUUUUUUUUUGUUGUUCACUUUGGGCUGCCAAAAUUUGAAGUGAAGAGUGGUGAGCUAAGGAAUGAAAGAGGGAGAGAGAAGGGGGUGGAGAAAAAGACAGGGGGAAAGAGAGAGCCUGAGAAGAGACUAUAAACAGCCAGUGAUCUGGAUGUGGAGCAAUCUGACUUGUUAUGAAUGGAUUACUAGCAACAGCAGAAGGAACAGCACUGCCGGAUAAAACACUGCCAGCAUAGGUGAUCUGAAUGCUCGUAACCCUAGGUGCCCUGGAUGCAUGACCAGAGCAUCUCAAAAUCACAGCCAGAUGUGAUAUUUGGAAUAUUUCAAGUACAAGUCAACCAACGUAUCAACAACUGAGGCUGACAGAAAAUGGCCCAGCACAUAAUGCACCUUGUACACUAAUCAGGAAAGAGUGGGGAAUUAGGAUUAAUCCACUUCAUCCUAACAACCAACAAGCAGGAAAUGCUGCUUGUCAUUUAAUCAAUUAAUUGAUUUAGUUGCAGACCAAAUAGGCCACCCACUCUGGUCUGGAAUUGAACCCACUUCUAGCUUGUGCUGUUCCAAUACUCAUCUUACCUUUGCACUGAAAAUUGAUUUAAUUACCUGUUUCAAACUAACAUUUUUGAGUUGAUUGAUCACACCCCCCUUGUGCUCUACUGCUUUUUGUUAGCACUAGUUUGGUGUUUUACAUUCUUGGUCUUCUGUUAACUUCUAGUACUAUUAAGUUCUUGAUCUUACAUGGCAGAUACCAUUUGCAGCUAUUAGCUUGUCUUAGUUUAUCACUGAUCAUCAUCUAUAUUUCUUGUUACACUGUCUCUGACACAACUCUAAGAGACCUGUCUUGUUCUAUAUAUCUUAGUUUUCAUGCACAAGUAAAGCCAAAUCUCUAGUGGCUUUCUUGAUAAAUUUACAUAAAACACUAGCCUUUGUGGACUAUUACAAAACUAUAUUCAGAGAGAAAGAUCAUGCAGAAAUAUUUAAAUGGAAGAAGUAUGGGAGUUGAAAACGUGUUAAGCAUAUGUUACACAUGUGUUAGCUUAAAUUUUGGCCGAGAACACAUGUUUGGAAUCCAUUGGGAGCUGUAACAUCACACGCACAACUGCUAGGAAUCUUUAUACUGAAGCUCCUGCAAUACGCAGGGAAAACUGACAACGCUAAUAAUUCCCACCUUAGAGAAAUGUGCAAAGGCUAAGGGUUUUUGAGAGUGCUCAUGUAAAUAAAACAUGGUGUUCUAGAAAGCAAAGUUUGCAAUUGAGUAGGAAGGAGGUGGGAAAAGAUACUUAAAGAAUACUUAAGAGAAUAUGAAAGAGGCCAAAAUGUAAUUCCAAGAGAAUAUGGAAAGAAACACUUAAAUUUACAUCAAUAAUAUUUUUUCACUCCAAUUACUUAUGAGAAAAAGAGAGUUGAACACAUGGAGAUAAACUGUCUCAGUAAUUGAAAUGCUCUUGUUUUGGUUUCUUGGUAGCCAACAAAUCUCUAGAGCCUUACAUAAACCCGACAUUGUCUGAGAUAGUCUGCUAAUUAGAAGAGAAAUCAGAGCAAGAAAAUCAACAAUGAAGCUCCUUGGGUUUUGUGUUUGGACUGUAUGUCUCUUGUCCUGUUGGGCUAGACCUCAAAGGGAUGACCCUAUCUAUCACCAUAAACAGCAGUUGCGGUUAAAGGCAGAACAUUUGCGCCAAUUAUCACUUAAAGAACCCUGUAAGUUGGGUAGAAAUACAAGGCCACCAUAUGACCCUCAGUAUAGACAUUUUAAAAUGUAUCCUACUCAGAAGCAUUAUUACAAACCGGAAAAGGGCGUAUUUGACCAACAUGGAUCAAACACAUAUCAUUUAGAAAAUGGACAACUAGAAAAGGAAAACGUUUCAGGAAACACAAGUUCAUCACAGAAAACAAUGAAAGUUUACAGACCCAGCAACCAGAUAGUUUUAAAGGGAAAGGUGUCUGAAAUGGGCAAUGGAAGUUACUCCCAGAGCCAAAAAUAUAAGAGGACUAUAAAACAAAUUGCUCAAACAACAGCGAAGAAAAGAUAUCCACGCCAUGCAGCGAUAAAUGGGUCUCAAUGGAUCAUGUCUAAUUACUCCAUGCCUAUAGACCUGCCUCAAGAACACUCCCUUCAUGGCUCCAUGUAUUUUCCUGGUGUCCACAGCCAGCUUGUAUUACGUCCAGAUGUAGAACUACAAAUACCUCGUGAAAGAUUCACAGUAGAGCUGUGGGUGAUGCCUGAAGGAGGGCAAAAUGACCCAGCAAUUAUAGCAAGCAUGUUUGAUAAUUGUUCCCACGUGGUGAGUGACCGUGGCUGGUCUCUUGGAAUACGCCCAGUAGUGCCGGGUGCAAAAAGAGAUGCCCAUUUUUACUUUACAAUCCACACUGAUCGCUCUCAAAAUGUCACAACCCUGCUGUCUUCAUUUCGAUACAAGCCGAGCACCUGGACUCACCUGGCUGCUACUUAUGAUGGACAUCUGGUCUCUCUUUAUGUAGAUGGAAUUCUUAUUUCCCAUUCUUAUGGUCAGGUUGGUCCUCUGCACAGUCCUUAUAUAUCAUUAUGCAGAAGCCUCAUGCUCGGAGGGGACAACUCACAAAGUGGUAACUGUUUCCGUGGUCAUAUUUUCUCUCUUCGUCUAUGGUCAGAGCCCAGGACUCAGAAGCAGCUGAGGGAUGCUGCCCAAGGAGAAUCACAAACGUUUCCAAAUAACCACUUUCUUACUUUCCCACCAGAAAAUAUGUGGGCACCCUAUAAAGAAGGGAUAUUUCCAGAAAUUAUAAUGGAUCUCACACCAGAAAUAAACAUGAUCUCACCUCCUUUGCUUCCUCCAUGUGGGAGGACCCUUUGUGAUUUGCCCGAUGUGAUUGCUGGAUACAGCCGACCAGGGGUAAACUGGGAAAAAGAGGUGCGUUACCGUGUGGUUAAUUUAUGUGAUGAUGAUGGCUCCAGACCACUGGUCAGUGCUGAACAGAUCUAUAGGCAGCAUCAGGCAUUGUCUGAUGCAUAUAGCCCUCUGGGUAUCAAAUGGCAACUUAAUGUACAGGAGAUCCAUAACUCUAGUUUGCGGAAUCGAGCAGUGCUGCCAGGGUGUGAGCCUGGGAGGGUGGGUAAUGAACACUGUGACCCUGAAUGUAGACAUCCACGUACUGGUUUUGAUGGGGGCGACUGUGGCCUCUACAGGCCCUGUAACCCUAGAAAGAGGGGUGAUGGGGUAUGCCAUCCUGAGUGCAAUACAGCAAGGGAUGAAUACGAUGAUGGGGAUUGUUGUCCAACUCAAGAAUCUGGGAGGAGUUCAAAGAACUGCUUUGAUCCCGAUGCACAAAGAAGAGUAUACAUGAGUGUGAAAGAGCUAAAAGAUAUCCUUCAGCUGAACAACACCAUGCUCUUGAAUGUCUUCUUUGCUAGCUCGGGAGGAGAGGAGUUGGCAGGAUCCGCCACCUGGCCCUGGGACAAGGAAGCACUUGGCCAUCAGGGUGGAUUAGUCCUAAACCCAUCUUAUUAUGGUAUGUCCGGCCAUGUCAGUACCAUGAUUCAUGAGGUGGGCCAUGCCUUAGGACUCUACCAUGUCUUCAAAGGUGUAAGUGAAAGGGAGUCGUGCGAUGAUCCAUGCAGUGAGACAGAACCUUCAAUGGAGACAGGGGAUCUAUGUGCAGACACUGCUCCAACUCCAAAAAACACAUUUUGUAGAGAUCCGGAUCCACAAAAUGACACGUGUGGGCCAACGUUCUACACUGGAACACCAUUCAACAACUACAUGAGCUACACAGAUGAUGACUGUGCCAACAGCUUUACACCAAAUCAAGUAGCAAGGAUGCACUGUUAUCUUGACCUGAAGUAUCAAGGAUGGACUAAGAGUCAGAAGCCGUCGCCUGUCCCUUUGCCUCCGGUUGUGAUUAAACAAAGCUUAGAUUCCCUCACCAUUCACUGGCUACCUCCCCUCAGCGGGGAACUCUAUGAAAGGGAUCCUGCAUCACCUUGUGAGUCUUGUACUUCUGAUGGAUCAUUUUAUCAGUAUGCACACUAUGCCUCCUCUCCUCGGAUCUGUGAUUCUUCUGGAUAUUGGACCCCAGAAGAAGCCGUUGGUCCUCCAGAUGUGGAUCAGCCCUGUGAGCCAAACCUUCAAGCCUGGAGCCCUGAACUCCACCUAUACCAUACCAACAUGACUGUCCCUUGCCCUCAGCCCAAUGGGUGCAUGCUGGAACUUCUCUUCCAGUACCCAGUUCUGCCACAGUCCAUCACAAUAUGGAUAACAUACAUAUCGCCCAGUGUAGUGAGGUCUGUGUCAGACCUUGAAGUGUUGCUUGAACAUGGAGAGACAAUUCACCUGGGAAUGAUGGAGGCAUUCUGUGAUAUGCCUUUAACUGUUCGGUUGACACCAUAUCAGAAAGUUACUGGAGUUCGUGUUUACACCUUUGAUGAACGUAUGGAAAUAGAUGCCGCUCUGCUUAUAUCUACCCCUCAAAAUCCUUUGUGCUCAGUCUGCAAACCUAUAAAGUACAAGGUGCUCCGACAACCUCCUUUUCAGAGAGACCACCAUGGAGUAUGGACUCAGAACCAAAACUCAUUCACUGACAUGGAAGUUACCCCUGGUCAACGAUAUCAGUAUCAGGUGCAGGUGGCUGCAGGGACCUUGGUUGGGGAACCAUCACCUCCUUUAACUCACAUUCAUGGUGCUCCCUUUUGUGGCGAUGGAGUAAUUAAUGUGGAGCAGGGGGAGGAGUGUGAUGACAGAGGGCUGAAUGAUGGAGAUGGCUGCUCCCGCAAGUGCCAGCAGGAGCCUAACUAUUCCUGCAGGGGAGAGCCAAGCUUAUGCUAUAUACAGUUUGAAGACAUGUCAUCAAGUGCACAUGUCAUUUAUGACAACCUUCUCAUAUCACCUAGCUAUGGGUGGCCAGCAGUUCAAGAAUAUGUGGAUCAAUGGGCUUCCCAGGCUACAACUUCGCACCAAGAUCCCAACAAGUGUCCAGUUUCUGUACUCACUCAAGAGCCUGUUGUUAAGACCUGCCACUCUAUGAACUUUGAGCCUCUGCCUUGGACUCACUCAGCGUGGUUCCCAUGUACUGUGACAAACAAUAUGUCACUAGAACAACAUGUAUGGUUAAAGGUGAGCUUUGAUAAUCCAAGACUUGUACAUUCAUUUCAUGUAUACCUGGCUGCUUAUGGCUCCCUACCAGAGGCCACUCAAAAGCCCACGGUAACAGCUCAUCUUACUGAUAUAAUGGGACAGAAACACUCACUUGGAACCCAUGAGCUUUCUUGUGAGACAAACCCUCUGAUUUUGAGUGGAUCAAAUGGUCCCAACAGCCCACUAUAUAGUGCUGUAUCACUUACACUGAACUUUUCCUCACCAUUGGCUGGGAUAUAUGGUGUGAUGAUGAGAUCACCUGCUGACCUGCAUCAUCCAGAGAUGUGGAUGGAUCAAGCACCGGAUGGAGAGGGCAGCAGCUCCUGCACACCUUUAAAUAUUGCACAUGGCUCAACACACUGCUCUUUAGAAGAAGAUGAGCAACCCCACUGCUUAGUAACAUGCGAUGAGGGAUAUGUAGUCCAGGUUCUCAGAAGAAGGGGACACAGCAUCGUGCAGGAAGCUGUGUUAGGCUGCUUUGCUGGACACUGGAAUAUGUCAGUAACAUGCAUUCCCCAGGACUGUGGCCAACCUGUCUCUUCACUCGUAUUUAAUGCCACCUUCUCUUGUCCAGAGGGAACGACCCUCGGAAAACGCUGCUUCUUCCAUUGCCUUCCUCCUGCAAAAUUUCAAGGCUUGAGCUACUGGGUGACCUGCAUGUGGGAUGGACUCUGGUCUCUCCCUGAUGGCUACUGCAAGCUUGAAUGUGAUGCCCCAGAAGUUAUUCCCCAUGGCAGAUUGCUCACUUCACGUUGCCUGUAUGGAAACCAUGAUGUGGGAUCUGUGUGUCGAUACAGGUGCAAACCAGGCUAUCACGUUGCAGAACACACUGAGCGCAGAACCAAAAGGAAAUUCCUGAAAAUUCAUUGUCUGCAGACUGGACUGUGGGCUGAGGGUCGAUGUAUUCCUGUGAUGUGUGACCCUUUGCCACCUAUUCUCCAAGGGCUGUACAACUGUUCAAAAGGACUGGAAGUGGACAGCAAAUGUACUUUGUACUGUGGAUCGCACACGGUGUCUACAGUCUGCGGUAAAGAUGGGACCUGGACAGAGAAAAUAAGUUUAUGUGAAGGCCUACAAGGAACAUGUAAUCCACCUCCAGAAAUGAACCACAUUCAAUACUCCUGUGAUCAUGGACAUAGUAUCGGGUCUAUCUGCAACGCCUCCUGUAUUUACACCCUUAGUGAUGCAGUGGUAUUGCCAGAGAAUAUUACUGCAGAUACUAUGGAACACUGGAUGAUUCCAGCCAAAGUGGAGGGUAUCGUGUGCACCGGGCUCCUAAAGUGGCACCCAGAACCCUUUGCCCUUCACUGCAUUCCUUCUUGUGAGCCUUUUCUAGCAGAUGGCUGGUGUGACACCAUUAAUAACCGUGCAUAUUGUCAGUAUGAUGGAGGAGAUUGCUGCGCCUCUACUCUGUCCUCUCACAAGGUAAUACCUUUUGCUGCUGAUUGUGAAGAGGACGAAUGCACAUGCCGUGACCCUGAUGCAGAAGAGAACCGAACUCACCGCCCAGAGGUGCACUGACACCUUAUUGCAGUGGCAUAAAGUAGCCCACAUAAAGCUGCUACAGGGGACAAUGCCCUAGCCAAUAAUUGCUAACCUCAGGAGUUCCUCCUAGAAUGGGGUUCGUCAUCAUGAUGGAUGACCCUAAAAAAACUGUGACACCAAAGAUACAGAUUUAACCCAUUUACAAGAAUGGAAAUGAAUUCAUGUGAGCACCUUUUGGGAAAACACAUAUAUAGCACAAAGUAUUAUGUGCCACUGACAUUUAUUGUAUAAGAUACCAAAAGAAGGAGAUUCCAAAGCCCUUUAUGGUUUUACUCUGUGUAGGGGCUCCAUGCUCUGCCAAUCUUAAAUAUAUAAUCUAAUGAUUAAGAAGAGGCCAAUCAUAUUUUACUGUAUGUCACUGUGUCCCGUCACCUGCAUAAGCACAGUCUGUUGUGAGUAUAUUAGAUUUAUGUUGAAUUAGCACCCUUUCUUUAACCCUUUAGUAUGAGGCAUUUCUAAGAGUCUAAUAUAAUUACUGAAUACCAAGGAGUUACUGUUAUUUUUCUCAUUGUCUUAUAGUAUAAAUAUAAAUCUGGUGGGUUCUGUGUAUUUGUCCUUUUUAUUAAAAUAUUCUUCUGCUAUUUGCUAACUAA